CCUGUACUCUUUGAACCGAGACUUGCGUCUGUUAUAGGCAAACCUCUUAUCAUGCAAAUGAGAAGAUUCCGCCAUUUACGUAUAGAAAUGCAUUGCUUUAUAUUUGGCAACGACAUGGCUCUAUGGUGAACGUCUGAGACACCGGCAGAACACGGGUUGUAUUUUUUGUCACAGGUAGGCAUACGGACGCAGCCGCUGGUCUAGUCUGCUAAGAUUUAUAAAACAAUCUCUCUCUGCCUUCUGAUAAGAAAACUAGCAUAGUAUUCUACAUAAACCUCAGCAAGUGGGUGUCUUAUUUUAGCAGAAAUGCAAACUGCUCCAAUUUGUGUUAAUAAAAGGCAACAUCAGGACAGUGUGACAUUCCAACUUUUGCCUCGGGUUUUGCGAGGCCGACAAGGGAAGGGAGCCUCUACUAGAAAUCAUACCCAGCUUUUUUAAGUAGAGUUUUUGGUCUGGGCCAAGCACUGCAAAGUCAGAACUUUGUUUGGCGAAGAUGGCACUGAAAUAACUCUUAUUACCACUACCACAGGAAAAGACUAACUCGGCCCGGACCAGGGAGCUCCACCAACGGCGCAGCAAGAGCAGAGCUCCACCGCCCAUCCCGGCGGGAGCAGCGCCGCAAAACCCGGCCAAGCGACGAUGGCUACUGCCGCCGUUUAUUCAACCAAAGUGACAACGGAAGGUGUGUUGCUGCAAUGAAAUUCAAGAUCGUUUCACUGCUCUGACUGACCUUGACUGUGAAUGGUGACUCGAACUCUGGCUGGUCCGUGAAGUUGAGGGUUUCUUUAGAGUGUGUGGCAUUGGUUUUCGGACGAUGUGGAGUUCUACAAAGGGUCUCACCAAACUGACGUACCAAUGGUACUGACCAUGUCAACAACUGAUGAUGCCAUACUGCAAUCAGGCAGCAGACGUCCGGAGGCCAGGGAUCCAGACAAUCGUCAUGGGUCGUCUCUACUACACAGCUCCCCCCCGCCCAGGCCUGAUUCACUUAACAUGGACGGCUGGUGCAUCGUAUCGGAGGCUGCACUCACAAAGGAAAUGUUGCAACAUAUCCACAAACCAGAAGAGAUUGCUAGUCUUGCAGCAUCCUAUCUGACCCGGCAGCUUUUUGCCAUUCUGGAGGACAGUCUGGAGCCACUCCUCGUAGACCAAAUCUUCAAAGCUUUACAGGACAUCAGUGAAGUUGACGCAAAAGUUUUACGAAAUUUCAUCGAGGAGCUGAAUGAGGAGCAGGAUAAAGAAGAGCACCCUCAUCUGAGCCUGUUUAGUAACGACAAUGAAUGUCCGAGAGAUGACAACCGAUACCCAAGGGUAGUCAUCAAAGUGCUCUUAGACUUGCUGAGGUUUUCACCGCUCCCAGUGGAACACAACAUCCUGUGGGUCAGGCUGCUGUCUCGUCUGAGUCACCCGCCGCAUGACCUGGCCACCUUUAUUGACCUCAAAGUUGCGGCCACCGUCCUGGGUACCAUGAGUGCCCACACCAACUCGGCCCAAAUCCAGGAGCAUGGCUGUAGGGUCCUGGAGCCACUGGCCAAGUUCAGACCGACGCCGUUUCAGAAGGCCCCAGUUAGAGAGAGCGGUAUACAGGUGUUACUACGCACACUUGAGACACACCUCAACGACGCUACUAUAGUAGCUGGAGUGUGUCUGGUCCUAGCCAACUUAACAUGCACCAUGUCACAGUUUACAUCAUGGGCCGUCCAACAAGGUUACCCAGACGAUGAAGCUGAGAAACUGGUCAUGGUGUCCAUGGAGAUCACAGAUUACAUCAAGGAGAACGGCCUGACACUGCUGGACAGAGCCAUCGUCAUAUGGGCUGAUAACAUAGAGAUACAGAAUGAGACUACCCGAAUCAUGGCUUGCUUUGGCUACCAUUCCCCAUUGCCAAGUUCUGAAGAUGCCAGUCCUACCGAAACUGGUCACCGUAAGCCGAGCAUACUCAAAAGCUUAGACUCCCCACGACCAACCUGCCCACAGCGUCGUGUCACAUUCUCUUAUGAUUUGGACACCAGAGUCGAAUACCAGUGUUCAGAUUCAGAGUCUGACAUUGGUCCCGAAGAGCCUAAACGACACACCGUCUGUGGAGGUGAGAUGGCGACAGAUAAAGACAUCAGGGGGGAGGCUUUCUUCCUGGAGGGCGAGGCCAGAAUGAGAGAAGAUUACGAAAUGGAACCCGGACUCAGCAAAGCAGAUAGAAAAUUGUCGUUCCCAAACUUCAAAAUGGAGGGUGACUACCUGAAGAUGUGGGAGCAUAUCCUUGGAGAGGGCCUGUUUUCCAGCAUCUGUUACGACCUGGCACAGCUGGAGCGCGACUUUGACAAGACGGGAUCAAGUUCAUCGAAGAGCAGCAGCUGUGAGACUCUGGAUCUGGCAGAGUACAGCCACACGGUGGACGAUAAUCACCCUUAUGCCAAGCAGUCAUUAAAUGGUCCCUGUAAGAGCUUACCAUCAAGAAAUGAAGCGAGGCCCGAUAGGGGUGCUGCCCGAAGUCGUUUUGCCACUGUACCGGCUUAUCGCCAUGACUUCUUCCAACCAAACUGGCAAGUCCAGGACACAGAUUCUGCCAUCAGAAACCGUUUGUCUAUAGAGAGUGCAACUCUUAAGACCAAGAAACGGCCUGUGUCUGAGCCGUCAAAGAAGUUCCAUUUUGAUCUCCUUCCUGAAGAGGGAGAUGUAGUCGUAGAAUCCGAAGAUGAGGGUUUGGAAACUGCCGACGAUAAAACCUUUACAGAGUAUUCUGAGAUUGACAUUAUUGAGGCUCUGGUCCGUUCAGGUAUGUUGAAUGCAGAUACAUGUAGUGGUCUACCAACAAUUAAGAGCCAUGAUCUAGACAAGACAGAACUUGAGAAUAAGGGUAAUGAGGAGAAGGAGAAUCAAUGUCUCUCAAGGUCCGAGAAAACAGAGUCUGGUGUGAGCACCUUAGACACGACCUUGGAGACCUCAGAUCAGAGUUUCGAUCCAAACAGCAUCAGCAGCCAUGCCGAUCCACUGGACCUGGAUUUUGACUUACUUCCAAUCGAUGAGUACCUGGAAAACAAAAGCCUUGCAGACGACAUUCUCAGCAGUUUUGGGAUCUUCAGAGACGGAACAACUCAAAGCAGCCCUUUGGAGCCCAUUGAUGGAAAGUGUGAGAUGUUCUCUCUUCCUGGUAUGUCCAAUGGAUGCAGUGACACUGAUGAUGUCUUCUUCAACGGUGCCACAAUGGGUGACUGUUACAGUAGUGGCAGGUCGGCUAGUUUUAUCGUAAAAGACCGCGACAUUUUAGACCUUACAUUUGGACCGAAUGAGUCCACCAUACAAGAUAUGACACAGCCAGUGUUCUCAGGAACGUUUGACUCUCUGCACGACACUUCAAGUAUUUUCCGUAGUUCCUUGGCCAGCAGUCCAACCAGCUCUGUAAGUUCAGCCUCUUUGUCAUAUGCCGAAUGGAGCGAUCUUGAGGCUUUGAACGAAGAGGAAGGAUCCAUGCUAUCCAUGGAUACAGUGACCACACAGGACACGCCGCCCAACUCCGAAACCGAGAUGAACUCCUACCACACCAUGCCCAAACAGAAGAAGAUUAACUUCAUGCACCGCUUCUCGGAGCGCAAGCCGCAGAACUAUCCACCCCCGAAACCCAGAAGGACCUGGUACUACCGCUCCAGCGCCGACGUACGCAAAAGCCUUGUGAAGUCCUGCGGGGUUGAAGUUGAUGCUGUGCUCGGUUUGGAUUGCCCAUACGCUACGGUGAGCAAAUCCCCAACACGAGUAAGCAAGCGUGGGUUAAACUUACUGGCAUUCAGCAAGACAAGCACGAACAUGUCGUUUGACUCUGGGGUGGUGACUGGGGAUGAUGAGGAAGGUCCUUCCACUGUGAGCUGUCGAGAUUCCUACCCUGUUGGACAUGACUACGAAGAGGUGUACAUGAGCAAGACGGAGCUGAAACCAACCUUGUAUGAGAGAUUGUCGCGUAAGGGACACUACGCUGAAGUCAAGAAAGCAAAAGUUCAAGUUAAGGGAGAAAGCAGUUCAGAGGCAACCUAUGCUGUCUGCACCCUGUGGGUGAACAAGAACUGCGUGGAGGCGCUGGUGACAUUUGAUCACCUGACCAAGCAGCUUCUGUCCCCUUACUCCAUCGUCCCUGCUGUCAGACAACUAGAGGGGGUUCGAAAGAUGAGCUUGGGAGACAGCCUGGAUGUUAUAGAGGCAAGCGACUACCCUGCUUGGACCAGCAUCUUGAAUGUGCUGGCAACAGAAGAGAACAAAUGGACACUGAGCCUAGCAGCUCAAGUGUUACCCAUCAUCGAUAGACUCUUCUAUACCAAGGAUGAAGCCAUCAUGGAUGCUAGUGUGGGACUCGUCCAACUCCUGAUCAGAAAGUUUGGACAUGAGAUCGAAAAACAUCACUCAGGGGGGCUGUUCCGCACUCGUUUCCGAGACGACUGCCGGACCUGCUUCAUGUGGCUGAGCAAGUUGUACAGUCGGGUCAGCGACCUCAUGAAGCGAGACUCCAGGCGGGAAGAUGACCUAGACAGCCUGCUGCACCUAGCGCUACUCAGCUCGCUGCGAGAGUCGCUCAAGGCGUUCAACAGCAGAAUCUCCAGGGGUGUGACAAUGUGAGGUGGAGCCCUCGGCCUCGGGCAGUUGUACCUAAAUCACGUCGCUCAGCUCAACAUCAAGAGAAACGGGGGAAGAAAAAACAAAAACGGAAGGGUAAAAGGAUUAUGUGAAGUGGACCGUGGGAUCUGGGAAAGUUUUCUUUGCACCCUCUGGGAGAGGAAGGGCUGGUAAGCCGUCAGAUGAAGCAGGUGUCAGAUCUCUGACCCCAGGGUUGGCGAAUAGCGAGGGGUCUUUACCAGGGAAAUCUUCACACCCUGUUCAUCCCUCGGGGCGGGCCAUUUUGUUAUUUGGUCAUCAUGGGCUUGACGGUGUGUCAUAAUCGUGGAGGGGGUGGACAAUUUUGAUAGAGAUACGUGAAGGGGUACAUUGACGUGGGAUAUUUGUUGAUGCAAUAAAUAAGCUGUUUUCCUGUUACAGCAAAAUUGACGGGAUUUUCGGUUCAGUUUUAGUGACAAGCCUGGGCUUUUUAUGAUACCCAUUGGUUUAUGACUACCAAUAUACAUUGAUGGUUUAAUUUUAAUGGAUAAUGGUGCUAGAUUUUCCAGAUUAUUUGUUGUAAAUAUGAGAUAAUUGCAAUAUAAUAUAAUUGAGAAAUAAAUACUUUGACAAGUAUAAUUCUUUUGAUUUAUAAAAAAAAAAAGACUAACAAUAGUUUUUUUUAAAUUUGUUCAUUUAUUAUUAUGCCUAUCAAUUAAUUUGUGUUCGUCUUCUACCAAAUUUUACAGGUGCCAAACAAACUCCAGGACCACGCAAUGAAAACACAUUUCUUAAUGAGAUUUAGAUUAUUGUAAAUAUUGUAUUCAGUUUCCAGUUGAUCAAAUUGUUGUAAAUAAUGUUUGUCUAAUAGAUUGUUGCUAACUGAAGAUGGAAUAAUUGCCAAAUGAUUUAAUCAUGAAUAUAACAUUGCGCCUUAUAGCUUGUACAUACAUACAUACCUACAAACAUACAUACAAAAUACAUUAGUAAAUAAAAGUAAUAAACAACAGUCACAAAAAUAUUUAAUCUGCAACUCUUAAAAAUAAAAUAGUAUUAUCAAAACAAACAUUGUAGGUAUUGAAAUCGUUAUAUCGGACAACAUUUUUUAAAUAGGAUUCAGUUAAUUUUAUUAUUUUUUUAUAACCACUUUUUUGCCAAUGAGAAAUCAAUAAAUAAUGCAGUAAGGAUAAAUGAAUUGAUUACGUUCUUGUUAAUAAAUUAAUUGAUUCAUUAAUUAACAAAUAUAUUGAGUAAUUAGCCUAUUGUAUUAGGCCUAUUGUAUGAAUGAUUACAAAGUUAUAUUUUGUCAGAUAUGAUUGAUAAACACUAGGUUGAAAACAUCCUGUACAUAUUACAACAAUGUCUUUAAAGGGUCUAUGUACUUUUUGUAGGACAACAACACAAUGUCCACAGAUUUACAUU